AUGGUCAGAGCAUCAAAGAGACAGAAAUCACAUAAAAAUUACAACGACGACGACGACGACGACGAUUACAUAGCAACCAAAGCGAGCACAUUGAAAAGAAAGUGUAUAGAUGAUGAUAACCACAUGAAUCAAGAGCAACAGGACGAACAAGAGGGGUCUAAAAGAUAUCAAGAUACAGAUCCGAACCAAUGGAUCUACCAAAAGUUAGAUAUGGCUCUAGACAAGAUACACACAAUGACACAAGAGAUCACACAGCUUGUAUCUCAGGUGGGAGACUUGAAAUCUGAGAUGCAGGCCAUCAAGCUAUCGAUCCACAACAGCAAAUAUGCCAUUGCAGACGAUUUCAGCCAUUCGACUUCUAAUGAAGGUAGCACAGUUGAUAGUCCAAUACAAAAUGCGCAAAUUCCCAAAAGGGGGCACAUGAGUACGACGUCAACAACUGAAGAGAAUGUGACCAAAGGGCCAUUCCCAAAGUAUGAGCCCAUUGACAGAGUUGUGCCGCGGCCCUCAACAAAAGAGCUUACCAAUUCAAUCGGAGGAAAAUCACAUAGCUUACAGUUUACCUGCAAUCUUUACAUUGAUUUGAUCACCAAGGUACUAGGCCCAUCGUCAAAAACUGGUUUAGACUACAAGGCGAUGGUGAAAGAAGCCAUCUUAAUCACGAAAGCCGUUUUAUCUCACAUCAAAGAGGCCAACAAUAUCGAUCCUGAUCUGCGUUGGAGUCGAUUAGAUCCUACCGUCAAGCUGGACGCCUAUAGAAAACUAGAAGCAGCUACCGAACAUUUGUUGCCACUGAAGGUUUGCUCCGAGUUUUGGGGAGCUCAUGUAUUGAUUAGCAAUUUCUGGCUCAAACGCAAGAAAAAGAGUAGCAGUAACGAUAAGAGCAAUACCACUAAUACGCCAACAUCACAUCACAAACGAAAGAAACUCGCCACACCCUAUAUGGAUGCUGACACACAUACACUACCACCACCACCACCUGCUUUACCUUCCACCUCACAUGAUUCCACUACCACAACUAACGCUACCCAAUACGAUGCGAAAAGACAAAAGCCGAAAGCCUUUAGUAUUCCAUUCUUGACACAUCAAUAA